ACCCCAAAGCCAAUCUCACGCGUCAUCUCCCUUUUACCUCUGACUGUCCCCACGCGUUCCGCUACUUCCAGCCACCUUCGACGCGCCUCCCUGCUCCGGUCCAAGAUGGGUUCUUUCCCCCCAUAUUUAUACCCCUUCACCUCCCACUCUCAGCCGCAAUAUCCUCCAAAUUCCUUACACGCUCACACACUGCCGCCACUAAAAAAAAACAAAAAGGAAAAGGAAAAAAAAAAAAAAUUUAAAAUUUUAAUUUUUUCCCACCAUUUUUAUCCCUUGUAUGACGAAGCCGCCGUCCCCAUCCACCGCCUCGGCCGCUUCCGCCGCCGCCGACAGUCCCGAUUCACGGUACAAGGGUGUACGCCGUCGCAAGUGGGGCAAGUGGGUCUCCGAAAUCCGCCUCCCCAACAGCCGCGAACGUAUCUGGUUAGGCUCAUAUGAUUCAGCCGAGAAAGCCGCGCGUGCAUUCGACGCGGCGCUUUUUUGCCUACGUGGCCGCACCGCUCGCUUCAAUUUCCCUAAUAACCCACCGGAGAUCGCCGGUGCCAGUUUACUCUCAAGAGCAGAGAUUCAAUCCGUGGCAGCUCAGUUCGCUAACUCCAACCCCCCGCCGCCGCCUUCGUCGGAAUGCACCCAACCCACCAUUGGUUCUCCGUCGCCGUCGCCAUCGGUAGUUUCAGAAGCGACCACCGCCGUGAUCGAAGAAAGAUCGACAUUUUUGGAUCUUUCGACAGCGAUGGGAUCCGGGAAUUACGGGUCGGAAUUCGGGUUGUUUCCGGAAUAUAACCCGUUUUUCAACGAAUUGAUGAACACUACAAAUUCUGGAGCUCCUUUUUUUGAUUAUGGAGAUGAGAAUUUGGACGAUCAGGAUUCGUUCCUCUGGAACUUCUGAUCAAGAACAGAGUUCUGACGGUUUUUUGUUUCAGAACUUUAAUUCUUUGAAAUUUUGUUUCUGAAAUUUAAAUAUUUUUCCAGUCUCUGUGAA